AUGCAUCAAUUGGAUUAUUAUAACAAUAAAGAGGUUUUUAUGAUCGAUUUGCCCAUUUCUGCUUAUGUCAAGCGUGCAUUCAUACAUGCUUCUGUCUACAUGCAAUAUGGUGCAAGCUGGCUGCUGGGCAAGGUGAAGACUCAGACUCGUGUCCUCGUUACAAUCGGCUUCUUCAUCAGCUGCGUCAAAAUCUCCAGCAUACUCUUCAUUAUCACCCUCCUCAUUAUCCCCAUCAUUCUCAUCAGUGCUAUCGGCAUGAUUGGUAUCAGCAGCAACCUAAUGGGCUGCACUAUCACGUCCACCCUCAUCGCCUUCAUCACAGUCGCCCCUUCCCAGGACUAUGGGCAACAGGGGGAGCCAAACACGUGCGGAUACCUUCGACUGGGCACACUUCUGCACUCCGUCAGUCAUACACGCCGACACACACACCCAGACAAGCAUGGGCAUGCCGUCAAGGCACACAAGUAG